AUCCAGGGCCCGCCGGACAAGCCUGCAGGAUAGGCCGCCCGGAAAGUCCCGGGUGUGGGCAGGUCUCCUCGUCCUCGGUGGCGUUCUCCUCCCUCGCGGUGGGACAGCGAAGGUACAGCGCCGGGGGCACGGCCCGGGCGGCGGGCGGGCGGGAGAAGGCGGAGCGGCCUGCCCGGCGAUCGCCGAGGGCAGCCCGGUGAGGAUCCCGGUGCCCGUGGAGCCCAGCGUCCUGGCUGCGGCCUCCCGGACGCGCGAUGAAGCCCCGGCCCGCGAGGUUCGUGGACAACAGGCUGAAGCAGCGAGUCGUGCAGUACCUCACCAGUAACAGAUGUGGCAAAUAUGUGGACACUGGAGUUUUAGCAUCUGAUUUACAAAGAAUGUACAGUAUAGACUAUGGUCGAAGAAAAAGAAAUGCUUUUAGGAUUCAGGUAGAAAAAGUAUUUAGCGUAAUUGCCAGUGAGAAAGAACCUAAGGAUCUAACAGAAUUGGAAGAUGAGCAUCUGGCCAAAAGAGCAAGACAAGGUGAAGAGGAAAACGAGUAUACUGAAAGCUCUUCAGAUCAUGAUUCAAAUACGGAAGAUUACCCAGAUCCACAGGCGGCAAAUCACAUGAACAGCUCCCUGCUCUCCUUGUAUCGGAAAGGACAUCCCGACUCUGCUUCACGGACUCCCGAGAUGGAUCACAGAGAAGCCACCGACUCGGCCCCACGGACACCUUCCGGAACAGACUCCAUUCCUUCGAAGACCCCUGCCAGGGGUUCAGAGGGAGGGUGGUUUAUUGAUAGAACUCCCGGUGGAAAGAUGGACCUGGCAGACGAGAAGAGCAAGCACAAGAAGCCAGGAUCUGAGAGAGAGCUUCGGAGAGCAGGACCUUUGUUUUGCUUCAUAGCGUCUCCCUGGCUAAAAUGCACCCAGCACGUCGUUGUCAGGCAGUUGGUCGAAUUCGUGCCUGAUGAACUUUCCGAGGAUUCCAAAGACGCUUCUCUGCUGGAGAGUAAUGAAAAAAGGAAAGGCAGGCUGAAGCGCAAGGGAAACAAAAGGAAGAAAGACCUUCAGGAAGUAGACGGAGAAAUACAAGCUGUCCUGCAGAGGAAAGCUAACGCCAAGGGGCUGGAAUUACAGAUCUCCAAGGUGAAAUUUGAAGAUGUUGGAGGCAGCGAUACGACAUUAAAAGAAGUCUGCAAGAUGCUCAUCCACAUGCGUCACCCGGAGGUGUACCGCCACCUGGGCGCCACCCCGCCGCGUGGGGUUCUCCUUCACGGGCCGCCGGGCUGCGGGAAGACCUUGCUCGCGCACGCCAUUGCAGGGGAACUGGACCUCCCAAUUCUGAAAGUAGCUGCCACGGAGAUCGUAUCCGGCGUGUCUGGGGAGUCUGAGCAGAAGCUGAGAGAAUUGUUUGAGCAGGCAGUGUCAAAUGCACCCUGUGUCCUCUUUAUUGAUGAAAUUGAUGCCAUUACCCCCAAAAGAGAUGUUGCUUCAAAAGAUAUGGAACGAAGGAUUGUGGCCCAGCUCCUAACCUGCAUGGACGAUCUGAAUACCAUGGCUGCCACCGCUCAGGUCCUAGUCAUUGGAGCCACUAACCGCCCGGACUCAUUAGACCCUGCUUUGAGACGUGCAGGAAGGUUCGACCGAGAAAUAUGCCUGGGUAUCCCAGAUGAAGCAUCCAGGGAAAGAAUACUUCGAACUUUGUGCAGAAAACUAAGGCUUCCGGAAACUUUUCAUUUCCACCACUUGGCACACCUCACUCCAGGCUUUGUUGGCGCUGACCUGAUGGCGCUCUGCCGAGAGGCAGCCAUGUGUGCGGUCAGUAGGGUCCUGAUGAAGCUGCCCGAGCCGCGGGCCGACCCCGAGAUGGAAGCUUUGCUCUCCAGAGGAGGCCGGGGAGACGGGAUCGGAACGAAGCCCGCUUCCGAAGCACGGGAGCUUUCCCCGCAGGUGCCGAACCUGUCCUUCGUGUCGGCCGCCCAGCAAGCGUCGGAUGAAUUGCAAAGGCUGCUGGCGUUGCUGCGAAACCAGGACCCCCUCUCAGAGGAGCGGCUGCAAGGGCUGCGCAUUGAACUGAAUGACUUCAUUGUUGCUCUGUCCUCCGUCCAGCCCUCGGCCAAAAGGGAGGGCUUUGUCACUGUCCCCAAUGUGACUUGGGCAGACAUCGGUGCCCUGGAAGAUGUCAGAGAGGAGCUCACCAUGGCCAUCCUGGCACCGGUACGUAACCCCGAUCAGUUCAGAGCCCUCGGAUUGGUGACCCCAGCUGGAGUCCUCCUGGCGGGCCCGCCCGGCUGCGGGAAAACGCUGCUGGCCAAGGCGGUUGCAAAUGAGUCCGGACUGAACUUUAUAUCUGUCAAGGGCCCCGAAUUGCUAAAUAUGUACGUUGGUGAGAGUGAGCGUGCAGUACGACAGGUGUUCCAGCGAGCCAAGAACUCCGCGCCCUGUGUCAUAUUCUUCGACGAAGUGGACGCCCUGUGCCCUCGAAGGUCAGACCGAGAGACGGGGGCGAGCGUGCGCGUGGUGAACCAGCUGCUCACCGAGAUGGACGGGCUGGAAGCGCGGCAGCAGGUUUUUAUCAUGGCGGCCACCAACCGGCCAGAUAUCAUUGACCCUGCAAUCCUGCGCCCAGGACGCCUGGACAAAACACUUUUUGUGGGUUUGCCGCCCCCAGCGGAUCGCCUGGCCAUCCUGAAAACCAUCACCCAAAAUGGCACCAAACCCCCACUGGCCGCAGAUGUCAGUUUGGAAGCCCUUGCUGGGGACCUUCGCUGUGACUGCUAUUCUGAAGGAACCACCCAUUUCGAGGCCCCGAGGAACCCCGAGGUCCAGGGGUUGUCCGGACGACAGGACGUGAUCAGAGCACUGUGGUGACAGCGUGUGAACGCCCCUCCCACCCUGUAAGGAGAGUGUCUCCACCUCUACCCCAGCCCUCUUGGGAAGUUACUGUUAACGGGGCAAAGGCUUAAGUGAGUAGUUUACAGCUUCAAGCGCUAAAAUCUGAAAAGAUGUUCCGUUCACAACAAAGGGCGUGUCACGGCAGAGCUAAGCCCGGGCCACAUCCUUGGGUUACACAGCGUAGGGUGUGCAUUAUAAAGUGUCAGGGUUAACGUUGAACGGUGUGUGCUUAGGGUUUAUGCUCCUGUAAUCACUUUGAGAGACCGAUAAUUCUAGGCUUCAGCUACUCGUUUGUGAUAAAGACGCCUCCACACCUGUGUAAGGGGUUUCAGUGUUAAGGAGAGCAGUGAACACCCAAGCGUGUGUGUAAUUAUUAAAUAGCAUUGUAAACCGGCACCUAACCACAGAAACAUUAGAUUCACUUCACAAUGUAAGCUCUGUGGGCAUUUAAAUUUUAUAUAUUAUCGGGGUUAUCAACUUCAGACGUUAAAUAGGUUUAAUGGCUAGAAAUGAGGUAUUUCCCCCAGAUUCAAACUCUUUCCCGAAGGGCUGCAGGAAUUCUGUUUAAGAUGUAAUGUAGUGAAGCACCAGUCAGCACCAGCGUUUUCCGCUGAACUCAGGAACCAUGUUGACACGGCAUAUUAUUUACUGCCCAGAGUAAUUAUGUGAAGGCUUGCCGGUUUUCCUGUUUUAGCUCAUUUAUGAUAGGUCCACUCAGCUCAGGCUUGAAUCAAGGGUAUUAAAGACUUUCUAGCCUUUGCGUUUCCCUGUUUUGAACUAGGUGCCAUAAAUGACUUGUUAUCUGAGCUUACUCGAGAUGUCAGGUAGCGAGCGUGUGGGCGGUCAGCUUGUCGGCAGCCUAGGCCUUGUGAAUGAAGAUUUUAUGACAGAUGUGUCCGUUUCUUUCUCUUGACUCGGCGAUUCGCUUUUUGCAUUAACAGUAUCUAUUGCUAUUAGCAUCGGAGUAGUUCCGAUUCAUUGCUUUAUUUGCAUCAUAAUUACCCUUCUUCUAAAAGUUAGAAAUAUUUUAAGGAAAAGUGAGAAGCUCUUUCCUACUGACCAUCAUCUGUUUACCCCACCUUUAUCGGUUGGUUUCUUGCCUAAUUGUAUAAUAUGUGACUGAAAAUUGCUGUCAGACUUCUUUCUGUUCUUUGCAGUGUCUAAGAAUAAAUCAGUGAGUGUGGUUAUGUUU